AUGUCGGAUCUCGCAGGCGGCUUCGUGCCUCUUUCACCACCGCCGUCCUCGAUCGCGUCUUCGAAUACUCCCAACUCGCUUCCUCAACCGCGCAGAACUCCUCUUAAGCCUGGUGGUACCAAGGAGUCGAGAUUGAUCCGCCAUGUCGACCAGCAACUUCUUCACAUACAACGACGAUUCGCAAAGCGGGACCCGUCACUCGGUCAUGAAGGUAGAUUGCAACAGUCCGAAGAGUGGAAUGAUGUACAAGGUUAUGCUGGUUUCGCUGAAGCAGCAAAAGACGUCGAAGAGCUCAUUGGUGUUAUUUGGGUCAGCGGUACACCGGCACUGCAGGUCCCGUACUUGAUCAACAUGGCUCUCUUGACGACUACUAUGAUACCAGCCUUUCCGCUAGCGCCUCGUCCUUUGUUCAGACUCUUGGGCAAGCUCGAUCAUGCCUUCGCUUCAUUACUGGUAGGCAGAGACGUAAGCACUGACGAAAUCCUGCCUGGCUUCAACACAGGUCGUGGUGUAAGUGGCACAGAAAAGGUUCGCAUCAAGAGCUUGGUUGAAAGAACAAGGAUAUGCGUCGUCGAGGUCGUAAACAGAGGAGAGUUUGAUGAAGACGACGAUCUUGAUGAACCUUCACCAGAGGAUACGGACAUGGAUGACGAUCUGAUCUUGGACGAAGAUGACGGUCCCGAAGACAUAAAUGUCGACGAUACUGAAGAUGACGACUGGAACAUGCAAGUCGCUAGAGUCUAUGACAAAACUCUGGUAGAAUUGGGCGACUCGAUGGAUGGUCCUCCAAUCGGUAUCAGGACUGAAGCUCGGAUCGGAACUUGA